UUUUUUUUUUUUUUGUGCAGCUCAGCUGAUGAUAUUCCAUAGGAACCUCUGUAGGAAGCAGUGGGAACUUCUCGAUGCAACGAGUUGCAAGUAUGUAUGUACUAUCUGCCGCACACGCACUGCCCUCUCGAAGCCUUGCAUUGGUAUUGGGUGCAUCCUCCCAAAGCCAACUUCGUCAUGUCCCUGCACUAGCAAACGUGAUCCCUGUCCGUCAAAGUCACCUGGAGUAGCAGCACUAGGUAACGUAACUAAGAACAACUUGGAUUUGUUUGGGAUCUUCGAUGUUACGCUGCAUUUGCAGUAUGGAGAAGUAGAAAAGGCAUUCGGGAAACUACCGGUUGAGCUUAUCAGGCUCAUUCAAUAUACCGGCCUCCUCAACUGGAUCGGGAAGCGCUUGGAGCAGCGCCGGAUCUUUCCAGCCGGCCAUUACGGUUUCCGAGAUGCAGCCUUGCCCGCCACGGCGGUGAGCUAUGGUAGCUCGAUGGCUUCAAGCCAAAUAUACCCAUCGUGUGGAUGCCGACGAUAACUCCGUAGUUGUCCGAUCGGGACACAAGUUCUAAAGGAGACCGCACAAGCCCGCACUUCAGAAUUUCCAAGGUUUCGACAAUGAAAAUCGAUAAUGUAUGUUAUGUGAGAGGGAAUGCGACAAAUCCUGAGAUGUCGUCUUCCGUUAUACCC